AUGAUUGAGGAGAGUGGGAAGAGGAGGAGGACCAUGGCAGAGAAGAGGCAGCUGUUCAUGGAAAUGAGGGCUCAGAACUUCGAUGUCAUCCGGCUCUCCACGUACCGAACCGCCUGCAAGCUGCGCUUCGUGCAGAAACGCUGCAACCGUGACGAGGGCCACGGGAAGCUGACGGUGUUCUCAGUGAAAGCCAUGCUGGCCACCAUGUGUGGUGGGAAAAUCCUGGACAAACUCAGAUAUAUUUUCUCUCAGAUAUCAGAUUCCAACGGACUAAUGAUAUUUACCAAGUUUGACCAGUUUCUGAGGGAGGUUCUGAAGCUCCCCACGGCCGUGUUUGAGGGGCCCUCCUUCGGGUACACGGAGCAUUCCGUGAGGACCUGCUUCCCUCAGCAGUGCUUAGGUGUGAAAUUUGUGGUCACUAAAUUCUUCCACCCCGUGGAGUGCUCGUACUGCCACUGUGAGAGCAUGAUGGGGUUCCGGUACCGGUGCCAGCAGUGCCACAACUACCAGCUCUGCCAGAGCUGCUUCUGGCGAGGCCACGCCAGCGGCCCCCACAGCAACCAGCACCAGAUGAAGGAGCACUCCUCCUGGCUUAAAAAUCCCCAAACACUGCCCUUGCUGUCCUGCCCAGAAAGGUAACCAGUUCCCAUGGAUGCUGUGCUUACACAGGUAUUUUAUCCAGUGGCACCUUUAAAGACAGUAUUUCUUUAAGAGAAAAACACAUUAUUGCCA